UCAAACGAUGUUUCCCAUUCGCGCCUAAUUGCAUCGACUGCUGCAUCGACUGUGUAGGGUUUCAAACCAGGGCUCCUCCAUGCCUCAACCUCCUCCACCACUCAUCGGCGACCACGUCGAUAGCCCACCGCCGACCUCAUUCUUGCUAGAAAACUCAUCCCAGAUAUCUACUCCCACCAGAAUGGAAGAUGGUGGACAAGAGAAGAAUGUGAAACAGAAUGAGGAAUUUUUCAAAGAUUACACACCGUGCGUUGGAAUGGAGUUUGAAUCGGAGAAAGCCACGUUUGAGUUUUACAAUAACUAUGCAGGGAUUAUCGGCUUUAGUGUUAGAAAUCGUUACGGAAUCAAAAGUAGAACAGAUGGUGUUUGGAUUAGUCGAAAGUUUGUUUGGGAGUAACAAGGAAGGAGAAAGACAAAAAGAUAAGCGGCACCUAGU